AUGGCGCGCGGUGGUCGUGGAGGAAAGUUCUCCAAGCCCUCUCGUGGAGGAGGCAAGCAUUUCAGCAGAGAUCUCAACCCCCUAGACAAGGAUGGCAACCAAGUUGGUCUCUGGCGGGAACCAGAGGACGGUAUCAAAUCAUCCAGCGAAGAAGAAUCCUCGGAGGAGGAGAGCUCCUCAGAAGAGAGCGAGGACGAGACCAAGCCCGAAGCAUCCACAGGCGCAGGAACCCGUGAAGAGCGCCGCGCAGCCGCCAAAGCCAAGAAGCUAGCAGCCAUGAAAAAACGUGGCCAGCAAGCUGCACAGCCCGGUGACCUGCCUCCCUCUGACUCGGAAGAAUCCGACGACGACCUCCCCGCCAACCCCAAUCACACCGCCAAGUCCCGCUCCAUGACGUCCAAGACCGCCGAUGCACCCACCGCGGAGCCUAAGAAGCCCGCUAAGGUUAAGGAUAUCUCGCAGCUGUCGCGCCGGGAGCGUGAGGCUCUGCAGGCCCAGCAGGCGCGUGAGCGUUACCAGAAGCUGCAUGCUGAGGGUAAGACUGAUGAGGCCAAGGCUGAUCUUGCGCGUCUGGCUAUUGUGCGUGAGAAGCGUGAGCAGGAGCGUCUGCGCAAGCUGGCUGAGCAGGAAGAGAAGGAUGAGCAGGCCAAGGAGCGGGAGCUUAUUAACCAGGAGCGGGAGGCGAAGUUGCGUCAAAUUGCCAUGGGAAAGGGAUCUAAGAAGCUUGGUGGUAAGAAGAAAUGA